AGAGAGUCAGGGAAUCCGGGAAGUUUCUACCUCGAGACCAGACGCACCUGGCUCAAGCCUCCUCUUUGAAUUCGAGUCUAAGUCCCGUGAAGGUUGCAACUAUGAAGGAGAGACGGGCCCCCCAGCCUGUCGUGGCCAGAUGUAAGCUCGUUCUGGUGGGGGAUGUGCAGUGUGGGAAGACGGCAAUGUUACAGGUGUUAGCGAAGGACUGCUAUCCAGAGACAUAUGUGCCCACCGUGUUUGAGAAUUACACAGCCUGCUUGGAGACAGAUGAACAGAGAGUGGAGCUCAGUCUUUGGGACACCUCAGGAUCUCCAUACUAUGACAAUGUCCGUCCACUUUGCUAUAGUGACUCUGACGCAGUAUUACUAUGCUUUGAUAUCAGCCGGCCUGAGACCGUGGACAGCGCACUCAAGAAGUGGAAGACGGAAAUCCUAGAUUAUUGUCCCAGUACCCGUGUAUUGCUUAUUGGCUGUAAGACAGACCUACGGACAGACCUGAGCACUCUGAUGGAGCUGUCCCACCAGAAGCAGGCACCCAUCUCCUACGAGCAGGGCUGUGCAAUAGCCAAGCAGCUGGGUGCGGAAAUCUACCUGGAGGGCUCUGCUUUCACCUCAGAAAAGAGUGUCCACAGCAUCUUUAGGACAGCGUCCAUGGUGUGUCUGAACAAGGCCAGCCCAGUGCCCCCGAAGAGCCCAGUUCGCAGCCUCUCCAAGCGACUGCUACACCUCCCCAGUCGCUCUGAACUCAUCUCUUCUACCUUCAAGAAGGAAAAGGCCAAAAGCUGUUCCAUUAUGUGAACUGGGGAUUGAGGGGGAAGACAACCUCCCACUUCCUCCCUUGAGGAGUAGAGGCACAGGGAAAGAGGGAGGAUGAGACAAUUUAGGACAUUGGACAUGAGUUUUUCCAAGAUGGCCAUGGUGAGGGCUUGGAAGGAGACAGGAAUGGAACAAGGAAGGAGCCAGGCCUGGCAUGAGGACAUGACACUGAAAGAGAACCAUCACACCCCAAGCCAGGCACCAGGUGGUGAGGGGGCAGCUGCCCUGGUGUCCCCCACUCCAAGGAAGGAGAGGUGUGGGGGAUGGGGGCAUUUUGGCCUGUUGGGCUUGGGGGCCUUCAGGUGCCUCACCUUCAGCCUCAUGCCUCUUCCACACAGCGUUUCCAUGCAGGCUGGGGGAUGGGAGGGGUCCCUGAGCCCUUCCCUUCCCCUCCCCUCUGAGGAGGUGGCAGAGUUGUGGAGAGUGGGGAAGCCAAGAGGCAGCUCCCUUGGGAGCUUAGCUCAGGUGCUUCAUAACAAAUCAGAAGGGCAGGAGCUGGUCAGAACCAAUGAGAAGAAAGCCUCAUUUUUGCAUAGCCCAUGGCUCAUGGAGAGGUGACAUCAUACAUUCACAUGCUUCUCACCUAAGUCUCCAGGGUCCAAGGGAGAAGCCCCAGACCCCCUUCUCAUGAGUGUGGGGUUGGUGGUGCUGCAGGGGCAGAGCUGGAUAGGGAUCACCAGACUUUUUCUGCCCCUGGGGCAGUACAGCUGGCAUUUGUUUUAUAGAUUCUUGUCUUUGGAAUGGGGGGAGGGGGGAGUGUUUCAAUCUGUUACAUGUUCUGUGUUUAAAAAAGAAAAACUAUUUAUUAAUGAAAAAUAUAAUACAUAUAAAGAA